AUGUCAGGCACCUGUCUGACCAUUGGAUUCAUUAAAAUGAUCACAAUUGCCUCCGUUAACGACUUGUUCGUCUCGGGGAACGCCGUGAACAAAGUGCUGUUUCUCCUGGUCGGGAACAGCCUUGGCGCUUUUUUAGUGCACUGCAUCACGCCGUUUUUAGAUUUCUCAAACAAACCACUGUUUAUGGAUACAUGUGGGAAUGGCACUCACAGUCUUAGCCCCGGGAAGAUCAACGCAGUCAGAUCACAGGCAAUUGCAAUACUUUGCUACAAGUUAAUUAUUGUGCUGAUUCUAACACUGCUGGUCAGCUGGGCAGUGCUUUGCUACACUAAUUUACACAAGGAACAUAGAAAGUGGAUGAAAUUCAAUGUAACACAAGCAAACUUCGUCGUCAAAGCGUUGAAUAUACUGUUGGAACAGUAUCCCUACGUUAUUCUAUUAGUGCUAGUCGAACUACUGCAUACAAUCUUCAAGUUUUUAGCAGUGUCGUAUGUGAUGGACGGUGAGCCGUUUAACCCGAUUUGGCUGUCACUGUUACUCCUGAUGAUUAGUGAUUUUUUCGAAGUUUUCGGCAAGUUCAUCCCACACCUCACCAACAAAGUUUUCAACAGACAACCAGUCUCCACCCUCAUACACACUAAUAACACUCCUAACACUAUUCACACUGUUAACAUUGGGAACAUUGGGAACACUGGGAACACUACGGAAACUACUGUCACUACUGAGAACAAUGAUAACACUACUGAGAACACUGACACUGGGAACAGGAUAAGCAGUUGUGGAAGAGUGUUGAGAAGUUUGAAUGGUCCGUUGUCGAUGUUGUUUGUGCUUGUGGCGGUGGAGUUCAUGAUGAUAGUGAUGAUGUUUGUGGAGAUUUCGUUCCCGCACCGUCCGCUGAGUGUGAAUUUUCUGAAGUUUAGCAGUGGCGUUUUCAUCACGGCGUUUUUCUCAGCCCUCAGGGGCUGCUGCGUAUCAGUUGUCUACUGCAGACUAUGCAACGUUCAGGUGAACAGAGGCCUCAUAGAAGAAGUUUUAGAGCCCAAGGAGACGAAAAUCGUAAAGAGCUUCCUCAUUGGACUCUUUUGCAUCAUUGAAGUUGUCCCAGGUGUCGUCUGGUACCUCGCAGAACCCCGCGUCAUUCCCACACUUUACAUCUUCAUACAACGGGUCAGAAGUCAAUAAAUUUUUUAUCAAUUUUUUCAAUAUCAAAUUCAAAUUAUUAUCAACAAAUUAUUAUUAAUAAAUUAUUAUUAUUAAAUUGGAAUUAAUCUUCUGUACAUUUUUAAUAA